UAACCAGGAAGCAGCUGUUGUUGACGGAAUACGAUGCAUCAGUCAUGUCUUGUGAAAGAAGACAAUAACAGCCUAGCCGGUUUGACUGCAUCCAGUUCCAGUCCCAGCAAUGGCGUGCUGCCACUCGUGCCCCAGACUCUGCUCCCGCUCCUCGGCCUACACUCUGGCCCUCGGCCUGGGCUUUGUAACCCUGGGGACCAGUCGCAUCCUGCUGCUCAAGUUUUCUGCCAAUGCUGAAAACAAGUAUGACUUCCUCCCUGCAUCUGUCAAUCUGCUUGCUGAGGCCCUCAAACUGCUCUUCUGUCUGGUUAUGUCAGUUAGAGUCAUAGUCAGAGAGGGCAGAUCAUGCAGAGAGCUGGGUUGUGCCUCCAGCUUGUCCUUCCUCAGCUCCCUGAAGUGGGCCAUCCCUGCUUUCCUCUACUUCCUUGACAACCUCAUCAUCUUCUAUGUGAUGACCUACCUGCAGCCUGCCAUGGCAGUGUUGUUUUCCAACUUCGUCAUCCUGACCACAGCUGUACUCUUCAGAAUUGUUCUUAAGAGGCGCCUGUCAUGGGUUCAGUGGGCAGCGUUAGUUAUCCUCUUCCUGUCCAUUGUUUCCUUGACGACAGGAUCAGGAGGCAGCCAAAACUCCAUCGCUGUGCCGGGUCUCCACGCAAACCCCCUGUCCACCCCCUCCAACUCCUGCCUGCUGUACACUCUGGAGCAGAUGAAGAACAGCAGCGCCAGUGAGUCCUGGGUGUCAUCGCUGCCCGGUCAGGCCUGGAGGGACCGGGUGGUCAAGAAGCUUCGAUCUCUCGGAAUCGGUCACAUCCUGCUCCUCCUGCAGUGCUUUAUCUCGGCCAUGGCCAACAUCUACAAUGAGAAGAUCCUCAAAGACGGAGACCAGCUCACCGAGAGCAUCUUCAUACAGAACAGCAAACUAUAUGCUUUCGGUGUGGUGUUUAACGGUCUGACCCUCGGGCUCGGCAGCGAGGCUCGAGGCCUCACCAUGCACUGUGGCCUGUUGCAUGGACACAACAUGUACUCCUUGGGUCUGGUGCUGGUCACCGCUGCUCUGGGUUUAUCUGUGGCCUUCAUCCUAAAAUUCAGAGACAACAUGUUCCACGUGCUGACAGGCCAGAUCACCACUGUUCUGGUCACCGGCCUUUCCCUCUUCCUUUUCAACUUCCACCCUUCGCUGGACUUCUUCCUCCAGGCUCCCAUGGUCCUGCUGGCCAUCUUUAUCUACAACGCCAGCCGGCCCAAAGACCUGGAGUACACGCUGCAGCAGGAAAAGCUGCGGGUCAUCAACGGAGAGGUGUUUGAACGAUCCCAAGGGGACGGCGAGGAACUGGAGCUGUUGACGAAGCCCAACACAGACAGUGAAUCUGACGAGGAGUCUCUCUAGUUGUGAUUUUACAGCUUGAUGACGAGGUUAGAGGAUGUUCCUCUUCACUGCUGCUAGUAUGAAGCUGCACAGCAGACGCAGCGAGGUCACAGACUCUGUCGAAGCAUUUAUUUGAACGACGGUCAGCGGACAAACAGUGUUGAUGAUCACGUGACGGACUCCUAUAAAUGAGGCUGCGGUGUAUGUUCUGAAACGUGCCUGUCUGUCUGUGGCUGCUGUCGUUUAUGCAGGGACAGAAGCACCAGCAGUGUGUGUGUGUGCUGGAAGAUGUUUUCCAUGUGGGAUCAUUAAGGGUUUGUGUUUACUUCUUCUGAAGAUUCCUGUUGUAUAUGCUGCUAUCUGACUGCAACAUUUCAGCCAGUUCCAUGAUUGUAUCAGACGGUUUUUUUUAAAAAACUGCGGCAGAGUUGAAAUGUUUGUUCAAUUUAUGAUGAACUCAGACUAAAUGAUGUGGGAGUUCUAAGUAGCAUAGCUGAGUACAAAUCCACAAACUAUAGCUUCAAAUACUUUCUUGUAAGUAUUAAUUCUACAUUAGCAGGACUGUUGUUUCCACUGCAGUAUAAAGACACUUUUGUUCUUCAGCUCACACAGUGUAUUUCCAGAAGCAGAUCAUUGAGUGUUAAUAAAUGACGAAGCCCCGCAAAGGUCACAGUGAGAAUUUUUUGAUUUAUGUCCUCAUAAUAUGUUUUAUAUUCUUUCUGAUCAAACACUCGGCAAAUUCUACAGACAGCAGCGAUGAUGUGACUUUUCAUUUAUUGCUCAUUAUUCAUUUUAUAAUCUUAGUUUCCAGUUGUUGUUGAAGUUGUGACUGGAUAUACGGUCAUUAAUUGGACUUGGGCUGCUGCUGUGGCUGUCCAGCUGUUAGUGUUGUGUUUGAACCUGUGGUACUUCUGUGAGUUUAUUCAGGGGUCCAGGAACACAGCAGCUUUAACACAACAAAACUUGCUGCAUGUAGUCACUGUUAUUACAAAAAAAUAAGUCAUGGCCUUUAUUGUACCAUUGACUGGAGCCACACUGACAGCUAAUCAUUCCAGUUGCGACCCAACAGUAGAGUUUGUAAAGGUUGAUACCACAUGGGCACAAAUGCAAGAAGCAGCAAGUCCCUGGUUAGAUUCCAGACUGGGGAACAUUUGCUGCAUUUUUGUCCACUACUCUCUUCCCCUACAUAAAGUAAAGGCAUAAAAAUGCCAAGAAAAUCAUCUAAACUAUGUAAUCCCCUGGCUGCAGUUAUACUGGAGCUGUUGAAGCAGCUCCUCUAAUUUUCUUUCCAAAUGCAGUUGUGCAAACUGAACUGACACUGUAGACAGAACCAGCAGCAGUCUAUAGGCUGAAACCGUAUCAUAGCACAGCUCAUUCAGUCGGUGCAUCCUUGUUUUUAAUAACUAACACUGACCACAUGCAAGUAAAUAUGUCACGAAAGCACCAUAGGUUCAAACACUAACAGCUGAGCGUCUCCUGCACCACAACCAUAAAUCCAACCAGAGCUUCACCAUCACAACCAGCAGCUAGAAACUGUUGGAGGUCAGCUUUUUAAAACCAAUAAGCAAUAAAUGCAUCGAGUGUCACAUCAUCUCCCCCCUCUGUAGUAUCUGCAGAAGCACGGUGUGUUCUAACUGGACUGUGGAUCAGAAGGAAGGAAAAGCAUACUGCGAAGGAACACAAAACUCAAAUAAUCCUGACCUGUGGGGUUCUCGCUACAUAAUGGACCACUAAUGCCUGAAAGCACAACAAACUGGUUCCUGCUUUGGCCUUGAACGUUUUGUUUUUGCUGAACUGUGAAUCACUAUACAAUAACUUGAUUGUUGAUGGUGCCAUAAAAUCUUAACAUGUACGAAUGCUGUUUUGUUGAAAAAAUAAAUUGCAAGUAAGCUGUUCUAAUUCUGUCCAAAAGCAACAACAUAA